AAAUACUUUUUUUUUUUAAUCCCUGAUGCUUAGGCCCGGCGGGGGGUCAAUACACUGGCGGAAACCUUGCUGUAGUGGUAACUUUCACAUUCACCAUGACAUUCACAAAAUAUCAAAAUGGCCUCAGUUUAGAGUGCUGUGGUGAAUGCGUGGGGUUUGGCAAUGCUGUGUUCAGUUAUAGUCCGAUUAUAGUCAGCAUGCUGGGAAACAAGGUUAUGAAAAGUUGUUUGCUAGUGGUUAUUUUGUUAAUACAUUGUUGAAUAUUGGUAGAUUCUGUUUCUGUUAUUACUGUCCCAAAUGUAUACAAUGUCCUUUGAUGCUAAAUGCAACCCUACAGGGUAGGGUAUUCACUGAUACACACUCUGAAAAAUAUGAGAAAAAGUGCCAGAAAACAGAAAACAAAUGCUUGUGAUUGGAGUAAUACACUAUAGGUGUGUAAAAUUACAUUUUUCUUGUAAAUAAUGCUUUUUAGUACCCAAGUAGAACAUUUUUGAACUUUCAGAGUACUUUUGGGAAAUGUGUUCCUCAAAGAACAGAAAUAUAUCCACACUGUACAUUUACUUCUGAGAGUGCAGGUGUGCUAUAUUCACUAUCACUGCUGCCCCACAGGUAGACAGAACUCACUGUUACAGGUGUGCAGUAGGGGAGAGUGGGCUCCAUUAUCACACAUUUUGUCUUUCACUCGAUUACUAAGUGACCACUUGCAUGACAAUGACAAUAUUUCGUAAUGAAAUUUUUCUGUGCCUCUUUCAACUAUUGCUGAUGUUUAUUAAACUCCGUUGGAAACAUGAAAGUUACAGUUUGACUACAAAUUAAACACCCAUUCUAACAAUGGACCCGGCGAGGUUGUUUGUUACGAUGGGUGAGAUCAAUUGUUAAAAACUUUUUUUUUAAUUAAUAAAUUAAUUCAGAGUUCAUGUUCAUGUUUCCUCCCAGUAUUGGUACAUGUGCAGUUAAUAUGAGCUCCAACCUGUUAUUUUUAUUCAAAUUACUUUGGAGUUGAUUUCAUAUGCAAGCACCUCCGAUGUUUGUCAUCCAGUCCAGUUGGAUUCAGUGUGUUGGUGGAAUUCACAGCUAAAAACAUGACAGUAGCUGAAAAAAUAACCAUGGCGCAAAAAAAAGAAAAAAAAAUUUUAAAUACGACGUUCGGUGAACAGAGCACGAAAUUGAUCCAAAGCCGGUCACUUGAAAUAGAAAGUGAAAGAGGGUAUGUAUGGGGGGUUUGCAAGGCGAUUGACUGCAUACUAGCGUAUUUCGAAUCUGCCAAAAAAACACUGCGUAACAACUGAACCCAUAUCCCAAUGGACGCCGCUCUCCCCUACUCACUGCUGCCCUGCUGCCAGAUGAUGCUUGCAUUGUGUGUUUGAAUAUUUGAGCUUCAAGAAAGUCCACAGCACGUAACACAGCUGAGCCCUGCAUACUGUAUACGUUACAGGUAAAGUCAAACAUGGAGAUCCGGACAGCCCUGUUCUUUUGGCUCCUUCUAAGUAGCUCUGCAGCGACUAAAUUAGUGCAGCUGAGCACCAGCGAUUUGGUAGCGGAGCCCUGCCACAGUAACGUGACGCUACGCUGCAACGUCUCCAAGGAGGCGGGCCUCAAGGUGAGCAGCCUCUCCUGGAUCCGCAAGCGCGAUAAUAAGACUCUGUGCGAUAAUAAGACGGGGCUGAAGAGCCACGACGGCCACAGGAUUCGGUGUAGCUACACGCCCCCGACGCAGCUGGCACUCACCUUCACACACCUGUGGCCCACAGACCGGGGCGAUUACAUCUGCAAGCUACGGUCCAACCGGGGCAUAAAGAACAACACAUCCAAGGUGGACGUUGAAGAAUGUUACGGGAAGGUCUACACGGACUACUCGCCCUCGAAAGUAGGCUGCCAUUUCCACGGGGUCUACCCCCGGGGCGAGGUGCACUGGUUUCACCGUGGGAAAAAUGUCACCUCCGAUUCGACGGCGGCCGACCCCGGCGACCCCAACCCCAAGGGGAUGUACAACGUGUCCAGUACCCUUCGGACCGAAGGUGACCCAAACGAGUACAACUGCUCUUUGUGGAUCCCGGGCGCAAAGACCUAUCUGGCCAGCGCGCUGGUACAUGGGUCAGAGAGAGGCACGAGGCUUGCGGGCAGGGGGCAGGCUGUCUCCGUGCACAUAGUUGGAUUGGGCUGGCUCCUGAUCCUGGCCGGAGUCCUUAUCGUGUGAUGCAUACGACCAUAGAGCAAAUGCUGUCACAACGUCACCUGUUGGUAGUGUUGCGACUUACUCAAAUUACGACCAAAGUGCAACGUUGUCAUUAGUGUGUUUGUAGGGCACAUCUCGGCACCAGGUCCUUAUUGUUAUAUUUCCUGGCUGUUGUGUAUGAGUACAAUGAGUCCCAAGUUCAAAUAUUAAUGAUGCAGGAAGUGUGAUUGCUGGAUAAAGAAAGGGGUGUCGUCAAUGGACUUUGUCACCGGUAAGGUCCAGUCUUGGCAAUGUACGUAUGCAUGAGUGACAGCGCCGGGAAGCUACAUAAACGUUGUUUCAAAAUGCUCAAGCGCCACAGCAAAAUUUUGUGGAGAAUUACUGCCCUCUGGUGUCCAGAUUAUGUAAAACAUGUCGAUCGCCCUUUCCGGUGCACGACUUGGUUGGUAAACCGAUUUAAAACAUCGUGACCUCUUCUUUGUGUUUCCGCGUCUGGACUAGCAGAACAGUGACACGGCCGUCUAGUCCAUGACCACGUGUACAUGUCUAUGGUCUAUGUCUAUGGUCUAGCCCCUGCUGCCUCCAUGCCCAUGCUCUCUAAUGAACAGUGCCUCAGUACAGAAUCCGAUACGCUAUGCCGAGAUGGGUGCAUGUUUCCUAAGCCUGACACACACUUCCUGCCUUGCUACGUGUUGCCACUACAUAUAUUGUUCAGUGUGUUAUUUCCUUUCUAUAUGCAUAUGCCCUUCUUGUACAAAUGCUUAUAGUCAAUAGAAAAUUGAUUAACUACCCUUCAAUGUAAGAAGCUGGUUUAUGCUUGGACUUGAUCUGUAUGACCAUUAAAAAUAAAAGAACUUAUAAAUUA